ACCGGAAUACAGCGAGCAGCGAUCUCAUCUCAGUUAGUUGUGCGCGUGUCGGGGAAGAGAAUAAUGGCAGUGCGUAAAGGCGCAAACAUGGCCGGAUCACCGGAGACCGACACCGACACCGACAGCAGCGGAGCACCGACGCGACGCAGACGCGCACCCGACGCUCUGCUGGCCGUCUUCAUCAUGAGUCUCGAAGUCUUCAUCAUCCAGGCGUCUUCGCUUCAGUUCUCCGAAGAGCCCCAGUCUCAGGACGCAUUACACGGCCGCAGUGCUAUCCUGCGCUGUGAGCUCAGCGGCCCGGAGGACAUGCGCUUCUGGUGGACUCAGGACGGCCGUCGCGUGCAGGACUCGAACCGCCGCUUUCAGGAGGGCAGUAACCUGAAGUUCACGGCGGUGGACCGUCACGCAGACACCGGCAGCUUCCAGUGUGUGGCAUCCAGCAGCUCCACCGGAGAGACCGUGACCUCCGCCAACGCCUCCAUCAACAUCAAAUGGCUGGAGAGGGGGCCAAUUACAAUGAACGAACCCGCCUCAGAGGCGGAGCUAGAGGAGGCUGAGCGAAUCGUGCUGCAGUGUCACAUUGAUGGACAUCCACGGCCGAGCAGUAAAUGGUUCAAAGAUGGAGCUCAGCUGGACAGAAAGGACCGGAUCCUCACACUGACCAACCUCAGCACAGGGGAUUCUGGGAUAUACUCCUGCUGUGCUCAAAAUGCUGCUGGAAAAGUGUGCAGUAACCACAACAUCACCCUCAAUAUUUUUGAUAAGUCUGUUCCCCGUGUGCUGGUGGCUCCGGUGGAUCAGGUGGUUCUGCGUAAUGAGGAGGCCGUGUUUCACUGUCAGUUCAGAGCCAAGCCGCCGCCGCUGAUCGAGUGGUUCCACGACGCAGAACCCGUCCUCAACAAAUCACGUGUUGAGAGGGCUGCUGUUGUGUGUGUGUCUGUAGAGAUCGCAGACAUGGGCGAGCGCUUGUGGCGUGUUUUCUCUGCGGGCCGCGGUGAGCGUGUGCGCUGUGAUCCGCCGCGGGGUCAGCCGGAGCCGCAGGUGUGGUGGGAGCGUGCAGGAGCUCGUGUGGCGUCUGAGGGUCGAGUCCAUCAGCGGGACGGAGAUCUGAUCUUCAGCCCCACAGACAGAUCAGACUCGGGCGUCUACACGUGUGUCGCCCGCAACACAGCCGGACAGAAGCAGCAGGAGCUCGUGGUCACUGUAGCCACCUCUCCAGAAUGGAUUGUUCAGCCGCAGGACACACACGUGGAGGAGGGUCAGCCGGGUUUCUUGCACUGUCACGCACGAUCCACGCCUGAACCACGGGUCACAUGGUACCGCAAGAGCGUCCCGAUCACUGAGGAGGGCUCUCGUUAUAAGCUCUUCUCUAACGGCACUCUGAGGAUCAACAGCGCAGAGGUGAAUGAUGCUCAGACGUACAGCUGUGUGUGUGUGACGCAGGCCGGAUCGCUCAGCGCACACGCGCGGAUUCACAUACUGGAGAAGCUGAAGUUCACUCCCGUCCCGCAGCCGUCGCAGUGUCUGCAGCUGGACCGAGAGAGCAGCGUGAGCUGUGUGGCUAAAGCACGAGAGACGCCCAUCAUGCACUGGAGCAGAGCAGACGGCGCUGAUCUCCCGUCUCACGCGAGUCAGAUGAACGGGGCUCUGCGCUUCAGUACAGUGACCCGCGCCGAUGGAGGGAACUACACGUGUGUGGCGUCCAGCAGCGUGCAGGGAGAGAUACGAGCGCACGUCCAUCUCACUGUAGGAGUUCACGUGGAGUUUAAGCUGGAGCCGGAGCAGACCACAGUCUAUCAGGGUCACACGGCUGUGCUUCACUGUCAGGCGUCAGGUGACCCGCAGCCGUACGUCCAGUGGAUGCUCAAAGACAAACUACUCAGCAGCAGCAGCUCCAGCAGGUUCCAGAAGAUGCCCAACGGCUCUCUGGUCAUUAGUAACGUGACCACUGAGGACACGGGCGUGUACACCUGCAUCGCAGGAAACACCUGCAACAUCAGAGACACGGCAGCGCAGCUCUAUGUCGUGGAGAAGCCUGUGCACCCGCGCAGUGAAGACGAGGAUAAGAGUCAGUUUAAGAUGUUCCAGACGAUCGCGCUGUCGGUGGCCGUGGCCGUGGCGUACAUCAUCGCUGUGCUGGGACUGAUGUUCUACUGCAAACAGAGACGCAAGAGCAAACGGCUGCAGAAGAACCGCGCCGGAGGAGAGCCCGAGACGGAGUGUCUGAACGGUGUUCAGCUGAACGGCCACAGGGUGUCUGAGAUCCAUGAAGAAGUGGCUCUAAGCAGCAUGAGACCUUCAGCAGACUCCGAGAAACAGCAGAGCUGCGGUGACGAGCUGCACUUUCCCAGAGCGCACCUGCAGACCAUCACCUCACUGGGUCGUGGUGUGUUCGGCGAGGUGUUUCUGGCUAAAGCGAGGGCGAUAGAGGAGACCGAGCCGGAGACACUGGUGCUGGUCAAGAGUUUAGAGAGCCGAGAGGAAACGCACCGAUCUGAGUUCAGACGAGAGCUGGAGAUGUUCAGCAAACUCAAUCACGCUCACGUCGUGCGACUGCUGGGAAUCUGCAGAGAAACCCAACCUCAUUACAUGAUCCUGGAAUACGUGGAUCUGUCAGCACAGGUUUUGUGUUUCUUCUUGGAACUGAUUGGUCGCAGGUCUCAGUGA